AUGGCGGACGAAGCCGAGAGAGCAGCAAGCGUUGACCACCGCCUCGAGUCGGUAUCCUUCUUUGAUGCGAAAUUGAAAAAUGUACGACAGCAGGUUUUUUUUCAAUGGGGUCGCACCGUUUUCAUCCUGUGCAUCUACACACUUGCAGUCCUGUCCUUUUUCUGGGGAUCCCAGUUUCACACCGAGGCCAAUCAAGCAGCCCUAACUGUGUGGGUGGUUGAUUUUGACGGCCGGACAGAGCCAUCCUACACCAGCAAUCCGCUUUUAGGACCUAUCGUGGUCGAUGUCGUGAAUCGGAUCAGUCAAAACCCAACUGGACACUGCGGCUACACUGUGAAAUCGCCUGCCGACUUCGAAUACAACCCAGUGGCCGUGCGGCAAGCCAUCUACGACGAGCACGCCUACGCUGCCGUGACUGUCCAUCCAAAUGGGACCAGACGACUGCACGAUGCGGUAUCGGGGAUAAAUCCCACUUAUGAUUCUAAAGGCGCCAUUGAAAUCGUCACGAUUUCCGCGCGCGACCAAUCGAUAUACUCGACCAAGAUCCAGCCGCAACUCCGGAGACUGCAGGUGGCCAUCAUGAGUGAGUUCGGCCCUCGUUGGACUCAGGAACUCGCCUCGCAGCAGCUCGCCAACUCCAGGGAUCUGAUACAGGCGCAGGUGCCUCCACAGGCUGUGAACCCGGGAAUUGGAUUCACAACCAUCGACCUCCGCCCAUUCAGACCAGCCGCCGCGAUGCCCUCAGUAACAGUCGGCCUGAUCUACCUCAUCAUCAUCGCAUACUUCAAUUUUCCUUUUCUUCUGCCUGUUCAUGCGCAGUUCAACAGGAGCUCUCAUGACCAACCAACGCUAAAGAUCUCGCACUGGAUAAUCUGGCGUAUUACCUCCGCCAUCGCAGCAUACCUCUUCCUCUCCCUCUUCUACUCCUUCAUCUCACUAAUGUUUCAUAUCCCUUUUACCAAUCCUCCAGCCCCGGAAACUCAACCCAGCGAUAACCCCAACGGCUACGGCAAUGCCUCCUUCAUCAUAUUCUGGAUGCUGAAUUGGGUUGGAAUGGCUGCGCUAGGCCUUCCGUGCGAGGUCAUGGCCAUGGCGCUGGGAUUUCCCUGGAGUGGCCUCUUUCUUGUAUUCUGGGUGAUGAGUAACGUUACUACGGGGUUUUACUCGCUGAAUUUGGCACCGGGGUUCUUCGCUUGGGGGUGUGUGUGGCCCUUGCAUCGGAUUAUCGAGGCGCUGCAUACGAUCUUGUUUAAUACAAGCAGUCAUAUCGGGCGGGAUUUUGCAGUGCUGAGUACAUGGGUUGCUGUUUCACUUAUUCUGUAUCCUGUCGCGGCGUUGAUUAUGUGGAGGAGGAUGAAGCGGGGGAGUUAA